AUGACGAUCACAGAGGACCGGCCAAAACUCAUAAUGGGUAUCGAUUUCGGGACGACCUUCAGCGGUGUUGCCUGGGGGUUGGAAGACUGCCCCGAUGAUAUCGAGCUUAUUCAAACGUGGCCAGGUGGUGGUAACCUGACGAGCCAGAAGGUUCCAACACUUUGUACUUACAAGGAUCGAAGGAUGAAAUGGGGUUACCAGGCCGAUCUGUCCAGCCAUCCAAUCAAGCAAAGUCAGGCCAUCCAGGGAUUCAAGCUCUUGCUGGAUGAGAGUCAGAAAUUUCGGUACAAGCCUGCUAUUGAAUCCCAGGCGAUCAUCCAGGAUAUGAACAAAACACCGAUCAAUGUUGCUGGUGAUUACCUAGAAAAGCUUGUCACCCAUGCUCGGGAUAUCCUGGCCCGUCGCUUUGGGACUGCCUUGCAAACUAUGGACAUGGAAUAUAUUCUUACUGUCCCCGCUGUGUGGUCUGACAAAGGUAAGGAUUCUACUUUGCAGGCAGCAUAUUGGGCUGGUAUCCCGAAUUCGAGUAUAAGGCUCUUGUCGGAGCCGGAGGCCGCUGCGGUGUGUGCCAUCCGGACAAUACAACCGAAUGCAAUCGCGGAAGGGGACUGCCUCAUCGUCUGUGAUGCGGGUGGCGGAACAGUCGAUAUCAUUACGUAUCGCGUCAAGCAAAAGGAUCCACUCAGAUUCGAGGAGGCUACAAAGGGGACUGGUGCUGUGUGUGGUUCGGUGAUGUUAGACGAGAGGUUUGACGCACUUGUUAAAGACCUUAUCGAAAAGCAGUCACAAAAGCCGCUCCCCAUUGGUACUGCAAGAACUGCAAGGCAAUAUUGGCAGGAUUACGUCAAGCCUCAAUACACAGGACCUCUGGACGAGGAUGACAUGUGUGAGCCAGGAUAUUGGGUUCCUGUGCCUGGAGUUUCAGGAGUCUCGAACAUCGAGCUCAGUGGGGGCCACUUAUACCUCGAUAAGGAUCAAGUCAAGGAUAUCUUCGACCCUAUCAUUGAACAGAUUGAGGAUCUCAUCGCCGAACAGAGAACCAGUGUAAGGGAUGCUGGUGAUCCGGUCAAGGUAAACUCUCUAACGACAUUUGCAAAGAUAGAAAUUGAUUUCCAACAGGCUAUCAUUUUGGUCGGAGGCCUUGGUGCCUCGGCCUAUUUGUUCAAGCGUCUCCAGGCUACUUUCAGUGGAAUUGAAAUUAUGCAGCCUUCAAACGCAUGGUCAGCUGUCGCUCGGGGUGCUGUUAUCCGCGGCCAGGAAGGCAACCAGGUAGUCAGUCGCAUUUCCCGAUGCAAUUAUGGUAUCUCAAGCCAAAUCCCUUAUGAUCCCACGAAACACAAUGACAAUAGCGAGUUUCUGUGGUGCCCUUACGAAGAGAAGUGGAAAGUGCUGGGAGCUAUGAACUGGUAUAUCAAAAAGAAUCAAACCCUAGCGGAGGGUGAGCCAGUAAGGAUGAACUUCUACCGUACAGUUGGUAUUCGUGGGUCUCUAUCAUUCAACACACCGUUGAUGUUUUGUCAGAAGGCUAUAGCCCCCGAAAUGGAGGACUCCAGUGUCACCACCUUAUGCGAGAUGGUUGCAGAUCUGAGCCGAAUCCCAAGAGAGCUUUUUACAAAGAAACGGAACUCAAAGGGGGUCGAGUAUUACCAUAUCAGCUACGAUUUAGUCUUGACGCCAACUUCUGCUUCGCUGUUAUUCGACCUGGAAUUUAAUGGUAUCUCUUAUGGAUCUGUGAGAUCUCGUUAUUGA